UCAUUACCUCUCCAAACCAAAUCAAGAAAUUAAAGAGAAAAAUGAAAAUGCAAUUCCUCCUUUCGCUUCUGCUUCUGUGCCUCCUCCAUGUCCAUCCAACCAUUUCUGGCGGAUACCUCCUCCAGGAAUACAGAGCCCUCCUCUCCGUCAAAUCCUCCAUCACUGAUGACCCACAAUCAGCUCUUUCUACGUGGAACGCCUCCACUAGCCACUGCACCUGGUCGGGUAUCACGUGCAACCCUUCCCGUCGUCGCGUGACCGUCCUCGACCUCUCAGACCUUCAACUCUCUGGUACUCUCUCCCCGGACGUGGCUCAUCUCCGUUUCCUCUCCAUCCUCUCCGUCGCCUCCAAUCAGCUCUCCGGGGCCAUCCCUGCCGAGCUCUCUUCCCUCUCCGCCCUCCGCAUCCUCAAUCUCUCCCAAAAUUACUUCAACGGCAGCUUCCCCUCCCAGCUCUCCCUCCUCAAGAACCUUCAGGUUUUGGAUCUCUUUAACAACAGCAUGACAGGUGACUUGCCCUUGGCCGUCACACAAAUGUCCGACUUGCGCCAUUUGAAUCUAGGUGGUAACUACUUCUCAGGUCGGAUAACGUCCCAGUUCGGGCAAUGGAAAUUCCUGAAAUAUUUGGAUGUAUCAGGACCUAACCUCUGGGGUCCUAUACCGCAGGAGAUAGGAAACUUGACCAACCUCAGGGAGCUCUACAUUGGACUGUACUCAAAUAAGCACGAAGGUGGCAUACCCUCGGAGAUCGGGAACCUAUCAAAACUAGUUCAUUUCGGAGCCAGCUACUGUAACUUAUCCGGCGAGAUACCACCGGAGAUCGGGAACUUGGUGAGAUUGAAAUCCUUGGACUUGUCGUAUAACUUUUUUACAGGCGAGAUUCCAGUGUCGUUUGCCGAGCUGAAGAGCAUGAGGCUGCUGCAAUUGUCUCGAAACAAACUCCACGGCGCUAUUCCUGAGUUUAUUUGCGACAUGCCGGAGCUAGAGGAGUUGGACUUGUGGAAGAACAACUUUACCGGGAUUAUUCCUCAGAGGCUAGGAAAGAAUGGGAAGCUUCAGUUUCUUGAUCUUUCAUCGAAUAAACUGACUGGUACUCUACCUCCUGAUAUGUGUUUUGGGAAUCGGCUUGAGCAUCUGUAUACUGAGGAAAAUUUACUGUUCGGUCCAAUCCCGGACUCACUCAGGAGGUGUGAGUCGCUGUCUGAGAUCCGAAUGGGGCACAACUUUCUCAACGGUUCAAUGCCAAGUGACCUUCUCAGUUUGCCCAAUCUCACCUACGUGGAGCUGCAGAAUAACUGUCUGACCGGGAAGUUUCCCAUUUCCUCGAGAAACGUUUCUCAAUUAAUUAAGUUAGAUAUUUCUGACAACAAGAUUCAUGGUGAGCUACCUAGUUGGCUCUGGAGACUUCCGGAUCUUCUGGUUUUGAAUCUUUCUCAUAAUUGUCUAGAGACUCUUGAUGUGAAUUUAAACUCUCCCAACAUCUCCAACUUGUAUAUCCUAGACCUUCACUCCAACCAGCUCCAAGGGCAACUUUCAACUCUCCUACUGAAUUUUCAAAAUUUCAAACCAAAUUUGGACCACUACAAUCCAAAUCCGAACUCUGUUUUCUUAUCUGUUUCAAGGAAUAAAUUCGAGGGGACUCUUCCUACGUCACUGUGCAAUGCUACAUUUGAUGCUCUAGACUUGUCCCAUAAUCACUUGAUUGGCACAAUUCCCCAAUGCUUAAUUGAAAUGAGUAAAAAUCUAAGCGUGAUGGAUUUAGGGGGAAACAAUCUUACUGGAGUAAUUCCUGAUUCCUUUUCAGACUACCCAUGUUAUUUACAAUCUUUGGUUCUGAAUGGAAAUCAACUGCAAGGAAAGCUACCAAAAUUCCUAGCCAAGUGCAAUACAAAUUUGGAGGUUUUGGACGUCGGGAACAACCGCAUUCAGGAUACCUUUCCAUGUUAUUUGAAGAACAUAGACACAUUGAGAGUCCUUAUUUUGCGAUCUAACCAAUUUUAUGAGUCUGUUAAUUGUCUAGACGCUAAUACCACAUGGUCCAACCUUCAAAUUUUAGACCUGGCCUCAAACCUUUUUGUUGGUAAGUUCCCAAUACGUUACUUUUCUAGCUGGAAGGCAAUGAUUGGAACCGAAAGUAAGACUGAAGAUCUCAAAUAUAUAGAGCCAAAUCUCGAUAUAGGCUAUCAAAUUACGGCAAGAGUUACAUUAAAAGAUCACGAAUUUGAGUUAGUGAAGAUCCUAACUAUCUACACCUCACUUGACCUGUCAUGCAACAGUUUUGACGGACAUAUACCUGCAGUUAUAGGGGAAUUCAAAGCCCUAUAUGCCCUCAACUUAUCUCACAAUGCUUUUACAGGUCAAAUCCCACAAGCUUUAGGAAACUUGACUGCUCUUGAGUCACUAGACUUGUCGAGCAACAAGCUCACCGGAGAGAUUCCUCUCCAAGUUGCAGAUGGUCUUAAGUUCCUGGCAUACCUUAACCUUUCCUUCAAUCAAUUGGUGGGAAAGAUUCCACAGAUCAAGCAAUUUACUGCAUUACCAGAAAGUUCAUUCGAAGGAAAUAUAGGAUUGUGUGACUUUCCUCUAAAAGAAAAAUGCAUACAUGAAGAAUUGGGACCGUCACUUCCUCCAUCUGAAGAAUCUCACUCGUAUUCUGGGAAUUCAAUUGAUUGGGACUUCUUAAGUGCUGAAUUGGGAUUUGUUUUCGGCUUUGGGAUUUUUAUUGGACCUCUUAUAUUUUGGAAGAGGUGGAGGAAACGCUACUAUAAACAUGUCGACGACAUUGUUUUUAAGAUGUUCCCUCGGACAUACUUAAGAAUAGAGAAUCGUCGAAGGCGAGCACACAGGAAUCAAGGACGACAAGCACGAAGGAAUCAAGGUGGGAGGGAUUAG